CAAGCAAUAAAUAUGUCUGUCUUCCACCUAUUUUGAUUCAACUCUUAUAGAAAUAGCUCAAACUCAUGAUUUGUACAAACACGUGGUUGGAAAAACGCAUUUGAACUUAUCUCUUGAGAUCAAGGGAGAUAUGUAGCUACAAUAACAGUACCUAAUAUGAAGUACUUGUCUAUAAAUAACGUGUAAGCAAAUCUCAAACUCCAUAGUUUUCCCUUCAUUUUUUCUUUAUAGAGAGCCAACAAAAAAUGAAGAAUCUUCAUAUCCUAAUUUCACUCAUUUUUCCUACCUUGUUUCUCUUCUCAUGCUCUAUAUCUCUUGUGUUAUCUUUUUCCCCUCCUGAUCUCCAAAACCAAUGCCUUCAUCACCAGAAAUCUGCUCUGCUACAAUUGCACCAUGAUCUUUACUAUGCCCCAAAUUUUACUUUCUCUUCCAAAGUUGAGCUUUGGGAUCCCAACACUGACUGUUGCUCUUGGAAAGGAAUUACAUGUGAUGCUUUGGGUCAUGUGAUUGAACUUGAUCUCAGUUACAAAAACUUUUCAGGCAGCUUUCACUCCAUUUUCAAUCUCCAUCAUCUUCAACGCCUUAAUCUUGCUGGAAACAAUUUUAAUACUACUCUGUUUCAAUAUGAGUUUGAUAGAUUCCCAAAUUUAACUCAUCUCGACCUUUCAAACUCAUGUUUCCAUGGCCAAAUUCCAGUGGAGAUUUCAUACUUAAUAAGGAGCACAAUCAAAGGAAGUUUGGCAGGCCAUCUAGAUAUAUAGAUGCUAUUGUUUCAGCU